CGUUAACAUGUUCUGGCUAUAUAUUUUAAUCCUAGUGAUGUGGUAUGGAGUAUUCCGUUACAAGAGGCGAAGAAUCUACGCAAUGGUCUCGCAUAUCAAGGGACCGCCGGAUGAUCUACCGUUUUUCGGUGUUUCAUUGUCAUUAAUUGGCUCUAGCGAAGGCAUUAUGAAUAAACUGGUAGAAUACAGUUCGGUAACAACAAACUCAGGUGGUGUCGCCAAAGCAUGGCUUGGGCCAUUUCUAUUUUUUAUGAUUACUGAUCCAGCUUCUAUAGAGGUGGUUUUAAAGAAUUAUCUAGAAAAACACAAUAUACACCGUUUCUUGAAAUACAUUUUUGGAAAUUCAUUAAUUUUUGCACCUGUCUCCAUAUGGAAACCGAGACGUAAAGUUGCUGUGCCAGCAUUCAGUCCAAAAAUUAUAUCAGGCUUCGUGGAUGUUUUUGCAGUGCAAAGUCUUAAGUUGACAGAAUUAUUAAAACCAAUGGCAGGCACCGGGAGAUUUCAAAUAUGGCCUCAUAUCAACGCUUAUAAUCUGGACUCAGUUAUGGAAACUGCGAUGGGUGUUCCAUUAAAUGCUCAAGAAAAUAACAACAAUCCUAUUUUAAUAGCGAGCAAUGAUGCGCUUAUGUAUACGUGUGAACGAAUGUUUCAUCCAUGGCUCCAACCGGAUUGGCUAUAUAAACUGUUUCCGCAGUACAAGAAAUUGAAAACUGCCACCGAUACAAUACACAGGUUUACUGAUGAGGUCAUCGCAAGGAAAAAGCAACAACUUAGUGAAUUAGAAACAAGGAAAACUAUAGAAAAACAUUUAGAUCUGCAGUUUGAUAAAAAUAUUACCUUCCUCGAUCUUUUAAUAUCCCAAUCUGGGGGAAUGAGCGGUUACACCAAUCUGGAGUUACGGGAGGAAGUACUGACGUUCAUGUUAGCUGCUACAGAUACUUCCGCAGUCACAAUGGGUUUCACCCUCAAACUCCUUGGGAAAUAUCCUGAAGUCCAACAGAAAGUAUUUGAAGAAAUACGCGCAGUAUUCGGAAACUCAGAUCGACUAUUGGAAAGAGAUGAUUUACCAAAGCUUCAAUAUUUAGAAAGAGUUAUAAAGGAAACUCUUAGACUAUAUCCUUCAGCACCGAUAAUUAUACGAACAACAACUGAGGAUUCUCCGUUGAGUGAAGAUAUAACCUUACCCAAGGGAGCAGGAAUAGCUAUAAGUAUAUAUGGUGUACAUAGAAAUCCGAAAUUUUGGGGCCCAGACGCUGACUGUUUUGAUCCAGAUAGAUUCUUACCCGAGCGAAUUAAAGGAAUGCACCCUAGCUCUUUUAUACCAUUUAGUCAUGGACCUCGAAAUUGUCUCGGGUACCAAUACGCUAUGUCAUCAAUAAAGACAGCUUUAGCGACUAUCUUGCGACGAUACAAAGUCAUAGAUGAGCCAGAAGAGACUCCGGUACCAAAAAUCAGAGUCAAAUUAGAUAUUAUGAUGAAGGCAGUUGACGGAUAUGAAUUAGCUUUAGAAUUGCAUAUAAUGAAGAAAAUGGUAGAGUACAGCAAGGUCACAACAGACUUGGGAGGUAUAUCGAAAGCGUGGCUAGGACCCUACUUAUACUUCAUGGUAACAGAUCCAGCUGCAUUAGAGGUGGUAUUGAAAAAUAAUUUAGAAAAAGACAAUUUGCUCCGUUUCUUAAGAUUCUUCCUCGGAAAUGCACUAGUUUUUGCACCAGUCUCCAUAUGGAAACCUCGUCGAAAAAUUGCAGUACCAGCUUUCAGCCCAAAAAUAAUAUCGAGCUUUGUCCACAUAUUUGCAAAACAAAGUGAAAAGUUGGCGAACUUGCUAAAACCAAAAGUGGGCAUUGGGAAAUUUAAAAUAUGGUCCCAUAUCAAUGCUUAUAAUCUUGACUCUGUUAUGGAAACAGCAAUUGGUAUUCCGUUGAAUACUCAAGAUAAUAAUGAAAACCCCAUUUUAACAGCGGCAAACGACGCACUUAAAUAUACCUGUGAACGAAUAUUUCAUCCGUGGCUCCAACCGGACUGGUUAUUUAAAUUAUUUCCCCAAUAUAGAAAAUUGAAGAAAGCGACCAAAAUUAUACACGAUUUUACAGAUGAGGUCAUCAGAAAGAAGAAAUUGCAGAUUAAAGAUCAAACACAAUCGAAAGUCCAGAGAUUAGAUUUACUACAGAAUACGAACAUUACCUUCUUGGAUCUCUUGAUAUCUCAGUCUGGUGGCUCGGAAGGUUACACGAAUCUGGAAUUGCGUGAAGAAGUAUUGACUUUCAUUUUAGCCGCUACAGAUACGUCAGCUGUCGCGAUGGGUUUCGCUCUCAAACUUUUGGGAAAAUAUCCAGAAGUACAACAGAAAGUAUUUGACGAAAUAGAAGCAGUGUUUGGUGAUUCAGAUCGUCUCUUAGAAAAAGAUGAUUUACUGAAACUUCAAUAUUUAGAACGAGUCAUAAAGGAAACAUUAAGACUGUAUCCAUCAGUACCGUUGCUAUUACGAACUACAACAGAAGAUUCACGGCUGAACGAAAACAUCGUAUUGCCGAAGGGUACAGGAAUAGUUGCUAGCGUAUAUGGUGUCCACAGGAACCCAAACGUAUGGGGUCCAGAUGUGGACUGUUUCGAUCCGGACAGAUUUUUACCAGAAAGAACUAAAGGAAUGCACCCCUGCUCUUUCAUACCGUUUAGUCAUGGGCCUCGUAAUUGUCUCGGUUAUCAAUACGCGAUGAUGUCAAUCAAGACAGCACUUUCUACCAUCUUAAGACGUUACAAGGUCGUCGACGAUCCAGAAAAAGGUCCUGUCCCAAAUAUAAGAGUUAAGUUCGAUAUUAUGAUGAAAGCCGUCGACGGAUAUGAAGUGGCUUUAGAAUUACGCCAGAAAUAA